AUGUCAUUACCUCAGGGCUAUACACCGGGUCCUGAUGAAGUUCUACCUCCUAAUCAUGUGUGUCGACUUCAUAAGAGUAUCUACGGUCUCAGACAAGCUUCACGUCAGUGGAAUCAAACUUUCUCAAAGGUUCUUGUUGGCGCUGGCUAUACACAAUCUGAGUCUGAUACUAGUCUUUUUGUCAAGGCUUCUUCAACAGCUUUUGUUGCUGUUUUGGUGUACGUUGACGACAUUUCGAUUGCUAGUAACAAUGAUAGAGAGCUUACUGCUUUGAAGUCAACUCUUGCUGCAGCUUUCAAGAUCAAGGAUCUUGGUCCUAUGCAAUUUUUCUUAGGUCUUGAGAUUGCACGAUCUACCUCUGGUAUCUCUGUUUGUCAACGCAAGUAUGCUUUGGAUUUAUUGGAAAGUGCUGGCCUUCUUGCUUGCAAACCGGCUAGUAUUCCAAUGGAUCCUUAUGCACAUCUGAGCCUUGAGGAUGGUACACCUUUGCCUUCAGCACGUCCGUAUAGAGAGCUGAUUGGUCGGUUACUAUAUCUGACGAUCACGCGUCCUGAUAUUACCUUUGCGAUUCACAAGUUAAGUCAUUUUCUUCAGCGACCUACUGAUGUUCAUCUUCAAGCUGCUCAUCGAGUUCUCAAGUACUUAAAGGGCAAUCUUGGUCAAAGUUUGUUCUACUCUUCCUCGUCUGAGCUCUGCUUGAAUGCUUUUGCUGAUGCAGAUUGGGCUUCUUGUCUUGAUACUCGUAUCUCUACUACUGGCUACUGUGUUUACCUUGGUACAUCUCUCAUCUGCUGGCGUUCUCAGAAGCAGAAGGUGGCUUGCCGCAGUAGUACAGAGGCAGAGUAUCGUAGUUUGGCUGAUGUUACACGCAAGAUUCUAUGGUUUCUGAAACUCUUACGUAACUUUCACAUUGAUGUUACUGCUGUUGCCAAGUUAUUUUGUGACAGUAAGUCAGCCAUCUACAUUGCCACCAACCCGGUCUUCCACGAGCGAACUAAGCAGGUCGAGCUUGAUUGCCACAUUGUGCGGAAUCAGCUAAAGGCUGGUACUCUUACUGCCAUUCAUGUCACCAGUAGCAAUCAACUCGCGGGUAUAUUACCAGGCCACUCCAUCCCACUCCAAUUCGUUCCCUCCUUGGUCGUAUGUGUGUAUCAAGCCUUUAUCUUCCUCAACAUCCAGAUUAAGGCUUGA